AUGCCCACAGCCGACGCAGAAGGUGCUUUCCGUACUGAUAAUCAUGCUUGGUCGUCUGCAUGGAAGAAUGACUAUGCAUUUCAGGCUGGUCCCAGUAAAGCAAUGAACUGGUAUUGGGCAAGAGAUACUGGCUUUCAAAAAGCUGCAGGCCUUCGCGCUUCAGAUGCAGACUCCAUGUGUGGAACUACAGUCAUGUAUGAUGCAGUAAACGGAUUGAUACUCACAGCAAGAGGACCUCCAAGCUAUCAGGAUUCGGAUGCGACUAAUAAUGUUCAUCUCAUCGCCAUUAGGAGUCCUGAAGUGGCACCUACGGUAGAAACUCUAAAAUCCACGACUUACAAAAUAUGCUCUCGCAAAUGUCGUCGUGUUACCUGAUUAGAGGUAUUUGUGAUAGAAGGAUAACCAUGCUGUUCCUUUCAUUGAAACUGACGCCCGUGUUGACACCAGAUUUAUGGAAUCCCACAACACAAACGUAUGCAAUUUCACCCCCUCACGCCAUACCAACAACAUAUUACAGUGUAGCCUGCCUCACGCUCGAUAGGAGGACCUUCACCGGCGGUGGAGGAUCAUACGGAUUAAGCUGCGCCGCAAAUCACGCCGAUGCACAAAUCUACAGUCCAGCCUACCUCUUCACCUCCAAUGGAACAGCUGCUAUCCACCCGGUUAUCUCCUCAGCUACAUCCACUGUUAAUAUAGGAGGAAUCGUCACAAUCGCAACCGAUACCGCUGUAACCAGUUUCUCCAUAACUCGACACGGAUCAGCAACUCAUGCCGUAAAUACAGAUCAGAGACGAAUCGCGUUAACGCCAUACAUCUUUACGAUUCCCCAUGAUCCCGGCAUUGCACUAGAAGGAUAG